AUGAGACAUUCAAAUCAAAACCUUGUUUCAAGGGACAAACACAUUGAUACUUUAAUGAUACAAUUAAUAGUGAAGUAUGUGGCUGGCUGAAUGGGUGUGUGCGUGCGUGAUACAAGGGAGGAGGUGCAGGGGGUUUGGCUCUUCGCCUGGGAUCAUUAAGCACACAAGAGGAACGCCAGAGGGAGGAGGACGCUUUGGAGGGAGAAGAAACAGUCGAGACAAAUACUGACAAAGUCGGACACACGUACAGAGGAGAAGAAAUGCCCAAUUUCGCAGGCACCUGGAAGAUGAAAAGCAGUGAGAAUUUCGACGAGUUACUAAAGGCGCUGGGUGUGAACUCAAUGCUGAGGAGAGUGGCCGGGGCGGCCGCUUCCAAGCCUCAUGUGGAAAUCCGGCAGAAUGGCGAUCAAUUCUACAUCAAGACUUCCACCACGGUCCGCACCACAGAGAUCAACUUCCUCAUUGGCGAGGAGUUCAACGAGGAGACUGUGGAUGGAAGAAAGUGUAAGAGUUUGGUCACUUGGGAGACGGAAAACAAAAUGUAUUGCAAGCAGACUCUAUUGAGUGGCAAUGGACCAAAAACCUUCUGGACCAGAGAGCUCAGAGGGGAUGAACUCAUUCUGACUUUUGGAGCGGACGAUGUGGUGUGCACUAGGAUCUACAUGCGAGCAUAGCAGCAAACUGACAAACGUAAAACAUUCAACAACCUGUCAAUAAACAAUCUGAUCAUACCGUUUCACAACUUCUUAAAACACUUGAUGAUCUGGAUGUAUCGGCAAUAUCUUUUAGCAGCAUUGUGCAUUCAAUUUCACCGUGUAGUUGUGUUUUCUAAUAAAUUGGUGAAUACUGAAGUAAUAAAAUGAGGCUUCAAUUCAA